AUGGUCUUAUUUGCUUUGCAUUACAACCGUAAGGUACGAAUCUGCUUUAAAGAUGAAGACGCUGAAGUCGGAACGAAGUAUAUCACACCGGUCGAGCUGCUGCACGAGCAGACGAAGGGCACCGAGGUAAACUCAAACAAUACUGAUUACUCAGGUGUAGGCCGGAAGGAUAGCGACAGGCAGGUGUCGGAAUCAAUGUGGAUACCUACACUCACCUAG